AAAACAAAAAAAAAAAAAAUCAAAAUCCAAAAUCCAAUUGAAUUUUGGGCGCAUUAACUAAUUUCUUACUAAUUAACAUUACACACAUAUAUAAUUCUUCAUAUUUAAUUAGUUUACUUGUUUAUUAUUUAUAAUGAUGUUUUGUAGAUUGUAUAACCCUUUUACGUUUAAAUAUGCGAUCUUGAGUUCUUCUCAAAUGAAGUCAAGAAAUAUGUUAAUAUCUUGUUAUAAAUAUUCCAAUCAAGUUUCGCAAGGAACAUUCGUUGGAGCGCCAGAUAAUUUCAAAGGUGUUAUAGUAGACUUGGCUAAGGAGAAGUAUGUACAACUAGACUUCAAUAAAAUGCUGACAGAUUCAUUAAACAGAUGGCGUAACGAAGGGAGAAGAUGUAUAUGGUUCAAAGUAAACAUUAAAGAUGCCGAACAUAUCCCAGUUUUAGCAAAAAAAGGUUUUAAUUUUCAUCAUGCCAGAGAUGACUUUGUCAUGAUGUGCAAAUGGCUCCCGACGGACUUCGAGCCCAACCUGCCUCCGUCCAGUCAUACAAACCUGGGAGUAGGAGCUAUGGUCUUCAAUAAAGAUAGCAAACUGUUAGCAAUUUCGGAAAAAAGCUAUGACUACCCACAUUGGAAGCUUCCUGGAGGAUAUGUUGAGAGGGGUGAAGACAUAGUACAUGCAGCUAUAAGAGAAGUUAAAGAAGAAACCGGUGUUGACUGUGCUUUUGAGUCACUUGUCACAUUCAGGCACACACAUGACAUGACCUUUGGCAACUCUGAUAUCUAUGUCCUUGUAAGAAUGAGUGCUUUGUCUGACAAAAUACAAAUUGCAACCAGAGAAGUGAAGGAUUGCAAAUGGAUGGAUGUUGAAGAGUACACCUCUCACCCUCAUGUACACAAAUUCAAUAGACUCAUAGUGAAAAAGGCUCUAGAGUACAAAGAACGAAAAAUAAAAUUCAAUUUACAGAAAAAGACAGUUCAGUUUUCUAAGUAUGUUAGGGAUAUGACAUUCCUAGUACUAGAAGACAUUGAAUAAAUAACUCUAAAAUUAUUGUAAUACCAGUGUAAAUAUUUGUAUUAAAUGUACAUUGUUACUUGUACUUAUGUUGUUGUCGAAUAUAUUGUAUAUUAUAUAAGUUAGUACAUAGUAUAUUAUAGUAAGUAAGACAUUGAAAUAAGUUACAUGUAAAUACACAAAUUUUGAAUUAAA